UCACUGUGCCACUUCUCCGUGUUCAUGAGAUUCAGAAGAAUUUAAUAAUGAAACAAAACAGCCACAGAAGGAGCAAAACGGCAACAGACAAAAGAUUUUCUCAAGGAAAGGAAGCAGAAUUGUUUCUUGACCUCCGAGAUGAAUUCUACUUGAAGCUUGUUGAAGACUUUCUUGGUCCUCAGACGGGGGAAGGUUUGCAGCUGAGUGACACGCCAUGCGUAAACAGGCAGUUGGUUCAAGUUGGACUCAUGAAAGAAGAAAACAAUUUUCCAUGGAUCGCUGUUCUUGAGUGGCUCGUGAAAAUCCUCCCACAACACUGGUCGGCUGAUUUUCGUCGCCUGAUUGAAAGGGCCACCGCCACGGCAUUGAGUCUGGACCACCAGGCGAGAAACGUCUUUCUGGACACCAGCGUCAACUUCAGCUUCGUCGGCCCGAUAUGUGACAGCAUCAGCGUAGAACGAGAAGACCUUCUGGAGAUGAGGGACUUUUCCGAGCGAGCGCAGUCCAUCGAAGUGACGAACGGUUUGAUUCUGGAGUUGAUGAACUUUGCCACCAGAGAGAGGAUCGCUCCAGUAGUGUUGGUGUCCUGGCUGCAGAAUUUCAACCCCAUGUUCUGCAAAAAUGGAGACACUCAAAAGGCGUACACAUACCUUCGCCCAAAGAUCAAAAAGCUGAAACAGUCCUACCAUAACCAUGAAACUAGAAGUCGCCGGAGAAACCCUGCGAUGGAAAGUCUGCUCCAAAGCCCGUUUGAGUUGAUCCCCAUCAAACGUGACUCUUCUCGGUUUGUGUUAAAAAAGCGCUCAAAGAGAGAUGAAAUGAGUUAUAAGGAGGAAAAUGAGGACUCUGAAAUCACAGAGGGGGGGAUGUUUGUCAUCAAACAGAGAGCGUCUAAAAGAUCGAUCACUCAAGCGGAGCCUGAUUCAAGCGAUGAUGAGUCGUCCGGUAUUCCCUGUAGCCCCUCGGGUGACGCGGGAACCCUCACACUGCUUGACAUCGCAGUGCUUUCCGCGCAGAAAUUGUCCGAGGAGCACGCCUUUGUUCUUCUGAAGAACCAGUACACUCUCUCUUGCAAGGAAAGGACAGGACUGGCCGAGUUUGAGGCCAAACUCUUUUCGCUCAGCAGUCAGAUAUCAUUGGCUUCCCCGCUUGCCUUUUUACAUGCUAAUGCUAAUUUCCUGGCAGAGUUGGAUGACGUUGUCAUGGAGCAGAUUCUGCAGUUUGAGCUGGAGCUGGUAGAAUCAACCAAAGAGAAACUGGGGCGAAACAAGCUGCCGGACUUCAAAAACUUUUCCAGUUUCUCUGAAAGCGCGACGGCACGCUACAUUCACAUGGCCUCUGCUACGUUACACUCUGACAAUUCAGUGAAGGGACGCUACAACAAUUACUGGGUUGCUUUCUGUCAGGAGAAGGAAAACCCCACCAGACUUGAGGUGGAUCAUCUGCACAGAUUCAACAGCUACUUCAGAGCCGCGGCCGGCCUGAUCCACCACCACAAGGAGGUGUCCCUGUUCUUCUCCGACCUCAUCACACUUCGCAGUCACAAAUGCCAAGACAUCAUUCUGGAGAGCUUGUCUGCAGACGCAGGAGAUCCGUACAUCCAGUGUCUGGUGUGUGUCCUGGCUCUCCUUUACUGCAAAGUGGUUGGCCCGUACUGGCAGCUCCUCCAAAGCCACGCAGAGUAUGCACUCUACAGCCAGAACCUGCUGGGCCUCUAUCAGAAGUUUCUGGAUUGGUCCAAGGAUUGCUCCACCCUGUUGGAGCCUGAAGAAGAAGACUCCAACGUUUUCCUGCAGCCGGCCGUAGAGGAGAAAAGCUUCAGUGGAAUAUUUGAGUACUGCGGUAUGUGGUACACCAACAGGGACUUUAUUCGGGGCUGUCUGAAAACACUGAUAAAGAAAAUCUCUGGUGUCACCGAUAAACAUCUGAAAGACUUCCUGCCAGGAGGGCAAUUUUCACAAGUCCCACCUCAAGAGUUAAGAGACGCUCUUAAAAGUUGCACUUUUUCCGUGUUGACGGAAAAGUACCCUCAGUUCGAUUCGAUUUCAACAAAGACGUCCGAAUACCUCUCCGACGCUAACACGUCAGACGGCUCCGAGCAGGUCAGCAUCCAGACCGAAUUAUCGGAUGAAGACUCUUGCGGCAAGUAUCCAGUGCAGCGGAAAGCAAAAUCAGAAACCGCCAAGCGAAAAGCAGAAGCAGACACCAAGCAGGAGCAGAUCAUCAUCAACCCAGACGAGGAUUAUUUCACAGCCAUGGUGCUGAAGAACGGAGGGCCGUGCAAAACCCAGCAAGACGUGGACAAACUGAUGCUGCUGUUUGACGGGAAGUCCCGCUACGAGAAACACGUUGCGCUCAUCUGCGAGGUGCUGUACCAGAAAAAGGUCCUGAACAACACAAGCGAACACUUGACUUCACUUGCCAGUGACGCGUCGAUGUCAAAGGUUAAGGAAAAACUGAAACUUUCCCUUCCCCGGGCCAGGCCGGGCUACUGUAUUGUCAUCACUCCCAUAACCAAGUGAAACAUUCAGAAUGACUGUUUGCUUCAGGAGCCGAUCGUGGAAAUGGUCUUUUUAUCAAUAGGUCAGGUGAAACACUCAUCAUGCUUCUUCAUGGCCUUGUGUUACCUCUGUGCUGCAAUAAAUUCA